AUGACUAGCAUUGCAAAGCCGAGUAAUCAAUUAUGUGUUGCUUCUUCUUGCGGUGACAUUCGUAAUAUAAGCAAUCCAUUCCGACUGAAGAGUGAUCUGAAAGGAUGUGGUGACUCGAACCACGAGCUGGCUUGUGAAGAUAAUCGUACUCUUCUAUACUUGGAUGGUGGUAGAUAUUAUGUGCUGUCUAUCAAUUAUUCCUCUAGACAAAUUGGAUUGGUAGACGAUGGGAUUCACAAGGGCAAUUGCUCGUCUCUCCCCCGUCACCAGCUGACACAUGAUGGGCUUUUUGGCAAAUACAACAACGGAUUCACUAGUGUGGUGAUUGUGAACUGCUCAAAGCCGGUUAGUUCUUCAUUCUACAUCGCUAUUAAUCCAUCAUGCAUUGUGGGGUCGUAUUCUUCCAACACAUCAUUGAGUUGGAAGUUGUAUGCUUUGGCCAAUCUAAAAGCAAAAGCAUCAGAUGUUAGGGACUUUUGUACCAUUCACAACUCGACCUGGGUAUCAAAUUAUUCUGGGUAUAAUGAGCAGAUAAAUAGUAGCCUCCACAACUACGAGCUAAUCCAUGACAUCAUGGCCAAUGGAUUUUUUCUCAACUUUGUGGGCAUCCUUCACUUAUCUUGCGCAUCCGAUUUCGGUAACAUCCUCGUGGGUCAGCGUUGCAUACUCGCCACCAAAAAAAUUUUCUUUUGCCUCUUUGAUUUCGGAAGCAUCUUCACAGGUCAGGUUUGCGGAUUCAAGUACUAUGAUGGCGUGUAUUUUUGUGUAGCAAAGUUUGUAAUUGGGAUGCCAUUUUUCGGGAUAUUUCUAAUCUACAUCUACAGAAGAAGGCACUUAGCAAUGGACAAGAACAUCGAAGAAUUUUUGCAGGCUCACAACAACUUUUUGCCCAUAAGGUACUCUUACUCAAAUAUUAAGAAGAUCACUGCAAAUUUUAAGCACAAACUGGGAGAAGGGGGAUAUGGUUCCAUGUAUAAAAGAACACUCCGAAGCGGCAAUGAAGUGGCCAUCAAGAUUUUGAAGCAGUCUAAGGCCCAAGGCCAAGAUUUUAUCAAUGAAGUGGCCACUAUUGGAAGAAUUCACCAUGUUAAUGUAGUGCAACUCAUUGGUUUUUGCUUUGAAGGCUCAAAACAAGCUCUCGUGUAUGAUCUCAUGUCAAAUGGAUCCUUGGAUAAGCAAAUUUUCACCAAAGAAGGUGAUAAGUUUCUCAAUUACAAGAAAAUAUAUGAUAUUGCUCUUGGGGUGGCGAGAGGGAUUGAAUACUUACAUCGGGGGUGUGACAUGCAAAUACUACACUUUGAUAUCAAGCCUCACAAUAUUCUUUUAGACAAGAAUUUCACUCCAAAAGUUUUUGACUUUGGACUCGCAAAACUUUAUCCUGCUAAUCAUAGCAUAGUCUCAUUGACUGCUGCAAGAGGGACCUUAGGAUAUAUGGCACCAGAGUUGUUCUACAGGAACAUUGGUGGUGUAUCUUAUAAAGCGGAUGUUUAUAGCUUCGGGAUGUUGCUCAUGGAAAUGGCAAGUAGAAGGAAGAAUAUAAAUGCAAAUGCGGAACACUCAAGCCAAAUUUAUUUUCCAUUGUGGGUGUAUGAUCAAGUCAGUGAAGAAAAAAGUGCUGAAAUAGAAAUUGUAGCAGAGGAAAGGAAGGUGAUAAAGAAGAUGAUAAUAGUUGCACUUUGGUGUAUACAAUUAAAUCCUAAUCAUCGGCCUUCAAUGAGCAAAGUCCUACGAAUGCUUGAGGGAGAUAUUGAUGAACUCCAAAUGCCUCCAAAACCGCUUAUUUAUCCACCUGAUGUGCCAGUUAACAAUGAUGAAGCUGAGAUGGAGCUGGAAACAUUCUCAACUUCAUCAAGUACUCCGAUAAUUUAUACAAGUUUUCCUUCGGGAGAUGCCAAUGAUGUUUAGUGUUCCAUGCAUAGUUGGAUUGGAAAUGUCUUGUGUGUAUUUGUUAUAU